GCGCAAGUCCGUCAAUCCCCUUGUUUACAAUUACUCCCGACAAGGUUUUGGUUUUGUGGUUUUCGGACAAAUGUCCAGAAUGCGUAAAUAUACAAUAAUACCUCCAAAUAGUCCAUACGUUAUGACUGUAAAGAAAUAACUUGUGCACAGGAUAAAAGGGGAAAAAAAACGAAAGGGAAAGUAUUCUGACCGAGUCGUGGCAUUCCUUAAUUAGACGAUGUCGUUACAAGACGUGAUUCGGUCAGUCGUGUUCCGGAGUCGUCAUAGAGGGUCGUUAUAAAGUGUUCUAAACCCUCUACCAGGCUCUACUCGGUCUUUGCAAGCCAUGACAUUCAUUCAUGCUGCUAACCAUGCCUCGCUGAGAAACAGACGGAAGCUCGGAGGUGCUCGUACGUUCUUGAUUGGAAAAUUCUACGGUCCAUUUGAUCCAGUCUUCUGCAAUUUUUAUUCAAAUUAGGAAGAGGGACAAUUGACCUUUUUUGAAAGAUCAAGAAUGUAUGUUUUGAUUGCCGUUGUGUUCAGUAUACUUAAGUGUGCUGUAGAAUCGAGAACAAUUGGUUGUGUGCUGGAAUCUGUACCGGGGACCAGGAACCAGUUUACAGUUCAAGUGUCAACAACUGGUCAAUCAAAGGUCUUCUACUGUGCUAAUGGAACUGUGUUCGAUCAGCAGGCAUGCGUUUGUGUCAACAAUAUGGAUCCCAACAUGAGACCCACAGCCCCUCCCAUCCGUCGUUCAACGAGAACUCCCUUGGAUCCGCUUGCUUCCACCUCGAGACCACCCUGUAUGUUCAAACCAGAUGUAGACCGUCAUUAUUACCUAGAGCAGGUUCAUAUGUCUUCUUGGAAGAGGCGACCGUGUGCGUAUGGCACACUAUUUAACGAGGAAGAGUGCAUGUGUAUAGACAGAGCACCCAUAUCUACCUCAAUUUGUAGGCCUCGUUUAGUAUUGAAUUUCAAUUCCACACCCAUCAGAGAUUUUUCAAACAAUGGGGUGUAUGUUUCAAACGAAGGCGUGGGCUCGGUUGUUAGCGCGGGACAGUUUAACAAACAAGGUCGUAUCCAUAUCCCCAUGUUUUCUUGGAUAGGACACAGGAUGACCAUAACCUUGCGGUUCUUUGAGUGGGACGGUGGGGACCCGGAACAGACACUUAUUGCGAACUGUUACCAUCCCGUUGCUGGGUCCAAUGGAAGGGGAUCUUUUGAACUUAUGCUCAGGACCGAAGCCAAAGAAGUUGUCUUUCGAGUAAACACUACACAAUCAGUGAUGAGGGAGAUAGUCAUUCCAUAUUUGGCCAAACGCUGGAAUAACGUGACUGCUACAUAUAACGGAAGAUAUUUCAAAGCGAGAGUGAACAACCGGGAAGGCACGGUGCAGGUCCGAGGUAAUAUAGAAAGUCGUGCCGAAGGAAUGUAUAUUGGGCAAUGCCCCAGAAGUGCGCCUGGUGGUUCAAAACGAGCAUACGUGGGCUAUAUUGAUGAUUUAAACUUUUAUCAAUGUGUGCAACCGAAUAUUCCAAGUAGAGAGUUGCUCAUUGACAGAAAUCCGGUUUAAGGAUAUUUUAUGCUCUCGCAGCGACAAUCUGUGACAGACAGUUCAUCUCAGUCACCUACAGUACUUCUUCAAGGAAUUCCGUUACCGUUAUCGACUGUGUCUAUUUAUAGACUGCUGCGUUAGAUCCCCUGAUGUUUAUAUACUGCACAGAACAAAUUCAGUAGGACAGGACCUUUGCUGAUUUGUAUGUUCAGUGCAGCAAAUUUAUGAGAUACUCAGGUAUAUUUCAUGUGAAUCUGUGUGUUCUAUGUUUGUAUUAAGUACUUUUUGCAGUACACGAGUCCUUUGUUUUAACUGUUAUAACAUGUAAUUUAAUUGUAAAUAUAGCGACUUGAACUGAAUGUUAAUGAUACCUCAUUGAAUAAUAUUGAAAAGUAUUUAUCGCUUUUUUCCUCAUUAAAUGUUGAAUGAAA